GCCUUCAAGGUGGGAACCUUCUACCAUGCUCUCUUCCCUGAAGAAAAGCAGCUGAUUGAUUAGGUAUGUGGCGGGAAUAUGCUCACCAAAACACCGCCCCAGCUGAAUCAACUUUUUGAGGAGAUGGCAGAGCAAGGCUAUGACUGGGGAACUACGAGGAGAUCGAGACGGGCACCAGGACGGGGUGUGCAUGCUGUAUCUACCCAGUCAUCUGAUCUGGUGCAGGUGGUAUCGAAGCUGGUUUCAACUAUUGAUCGUUCUGGGAUGAUUGCAGGUACCGGACAGCAGCAGGCGAUGCUCUGCCAGUGGUGUGAGAGUUCUCAUCACACCGUGGAGGAUUUCCAGGCGAUGAGGGAGUCUUCUACUCCCCAGGAGCAGAUGGACUUCAUCGGCCAUGCCAGGCGCUUCGACCCCUACAGCAACACCUACAACGAGGGGUGGCGCCAGCAUCCCAACUUCGCCUAGGGUGGGGCAAAUUCCAGACCACCGGUCCCCCACGGACCACCUGGAUUCCAUAUGCCUCCUUACCAGCCCAGACAAGGGCAAUUUUAGCAG